GUCAAGGAGAAAUCAUGAGGCAUAAUAUUCUAUGGACAAGAUUGCUAGGAACCUUGAAUGUGAGUAUCUGUUAUCAAACUGUUAAGUGCAAAGUCAGAGUGAUCUAAGAUUAUGUUUAUUGAUCAACAGGACAUAAUGGUACCAUAAAUGGCCAGGGUCAAACAUGGUGGAAGAAGUACCGCCAGAAGCUCCUAAACCACACUAGGGGUCCUCUUGUUCAGAUAAUGUAUUCAAGCGAUAUUGUGAUCACGAACAUAACUUUGCGUGAUUCCCCAUUUUGGACUCUCCAUCCAUACGACUGCAAGAAUGUAACCAUAAGGAAUGUUACGAUUUUGGCUCCCAUAUUCGAGGCCCCAAACACUGAUGGAAUUGAUCCUGGUAAGCAUUCAUAGAAGUUCAUUUAUGUCAGUUCGGUGAUGGUCAGACAGUUGUAUGUUCAACCUGUGAAAGUGAUCUGUUUCUCAUGUUGAACCAGUACCUCUUUAAGUUCUGAUCUAGUGCUGGCAUAUGGUUUGGCUGUGUUUCUGCUAGCAAUAUUAUGUUUCCGAGCUCCUUCCUUUCUGUAAACAGAUUCAUGCGAGGACAUGAUAAUUGAAGACUGCUAUAUAAGUGUGGGGGAUGAUGCUAUUGCAAUUAAGAGUGGCUGGGAUCAAUAUGGAAUUGCAUACGGGCGACCUGCAAAAAAUAUUCUCAUCCGUAAUCUAGUGGUUCGCUCUAUGGUCAGGUGAUUAGCUGAAUGUUCAAUAUCAAGUUAUAAUAUUACCCCAAACAUGUUGCUGAAUCGCUUGCAUUUUUCAAAUUCGAUAUCUUGCAUUUUCUCUUUAUAUACUUGCACAGUUGCACUAUUACUUCUGUUGGCUCUUUAUCCUUAAAUAUAUUUUGCAUGCUUCUCUUGCUUUUAGGUGCCUUUCCCUGCAUAUUAGUUUGUGCGGGACUGUGAUGUUUAGAGAUAGAUAUCAGGCACAUUUGUGCAUGUUCCAAAAUUGAAGUUCUCUAAGGGGGCAAUUUUGGUAGAUUCUCAUUGACCUCAAGUAGCUUUGCACAUCCUACUGUACUGAAAGUUAUUCAGCAAUUAUAGGUUUAAUCCUCGUCCAUUGUUUCAUUGAUCUAGUUUAAUAAUUAAUUCAGAACCAAAUUUUAGCAGACCCACGAGUAUGUUGAAUUAUUUCAGGUGAAUAAAUUUAGGUACAAAUUAUUUGUUAAAAUAAAUUAAAAUAUCGGUCAACGUUAGAAGCUGCAAAGAAAUCAAGUACUUUUCUGAGUGAUUCUGUAUGUAAUUAAUCAACUGGGUCAAUACUCUUCUUAAACAGAAGCGUGAACAACAACGUCAAUAAGUUACUGUUGCAUGUUUAUGGUAUAUCCGCGUGCCUUUGCCCUAUGCCACAGUUAUAGAAACUGAAGUGAACAAACUCAAGUAUGUCUACUUCCCAAUUUCCCUAUUGCAGUAUUCAUCUAUUGCUUUGUAGAUGAUAAUUAAGACUUGCUGUGUACUCUGUAAACAGUGCUGGAAUAUCUAUUGGAAGCGAGAUGUCUGGUGGGGUAUCAAAUGUCACCGUAGAGAAUGUCAUUGUAUGGAAUUCGAGGCGUGCAGUUCGUAUCAAGACUGCCCCCGGAAGAGGAGGUUAUGUGCAACAAAUAAGGUACCGCAACCUAACAUUUGACAAUGUGAGAGUGGGAAUUGUAAUGAAAACCGACUACAACGAACAUCCAGAUGAAGGGUACGAUCCAAAGGCUGUUCCUGUGAUCAAAGACAUAAGCUUCACCAGCAUCCAUGGCCAAGGAGUUCGUGUGCCUGUACGAAUACAUGGGAGUGAAGAAAUCCCUAUAAAGAAUGUGACUUUUCAAGACAUGUCAGUUGGACUAACAUACAAGAAGAAGCAUAUAUUUCAGUGUGCCUUUGUGGCAGGGCGUGUAAUAGGGACCAUUUUCCCAGCACCUUGUGAGAACCUCGAUAGGUACGAUGAACAAGGACACCUUGUCAGGCGUUCAGCUUCACAGAAUACGACAGACAUUGACUAUGAUUUUUGAGUCGAGGGCUUAUUGGCAGGGUUGUCCGAUUUCCAGGGAGCGUAUCCUCCAUAUCUUGAUGCGUUCAGUUGGUAUCCCAGAAGCCAGAGAUGAUGUCUGGAUGUACAACUUUAGAGGAGCGGAUGGUGGUUUCUUAUGUUUUCUUCGCAUAUUCAUCACUCCAAAGUCCGCAGCAAAUCCUUUCAGCCUUAAAAAAUGUUGUGAAAUCCUUUUUUCGGUAUCUUGUAUGUUCUGUAAAACUGUAUAUACAGAAAGCUUCAGUUAUAGCUUGAAAAGUGGAGUGGAAUGAAAUGAAAUGAAAUGAAAUGAGAGAUGUAGGCUCUGGUUUUGGCUUGGGAGUAUUUGAUUGUGUUGUGAAGUGCAUUAUCUAAAUUUGUGACCGUAUCUAGUUCCAGUAUAUUAACUUUGUUUUGUUCGGCAUGAGAACACACCACAUUGAUUGACAACAAACACAGUGCAUGUCGACUAAUUAGUGGUGGCUGACCGCAGGUAAUAUGGACCCCUAGAGUGAAGAGCCACGGUCUUGACGUGUCCCAAUCUAGGAAAUCAGAUCUUGGAUAAUCGAGAGGAGUGCGGAUCCUGUGACUAAGGGGGGUGCUUAGUCAAGUGACUAAAUCCCUCCUAGCCCUUGGAUCUGGACCCAUUAAUCUAAUGGUUAAAAAAUAGGAAGGGAUAUUUAAUUAAUGAAAAGGGUAGUUGUGG